CAGGCGCCGUGCUGGGCGCCGUGGGACCAGCGGAACCUUCAGGUGAAAAGGCCGGUGCCACCACAGGCGCCGCCAGACCGUCGCGUGCGGAGACGGAGACGGCGAAGAAGGACGCGCCCACGUUGCCGGUGGUGGCGGAGGAGUUCUUGGAUCAGCUCCGUUCGGGGCCUCGAACAGGGUGUUGGGGCCGAGGCGAGAUCAGGCUUCGCGAAGGCUUCGGGUGGGGGGGCAUCCGACUCUACCAGCAUCUACGACUCCAAGAGAGGCGUCCGUUUUGCUCAAACCUGUGCCUCGUUUUUGAGGUGCGCUGUUCGACUUUUCGGAGAGGUUGGGAUGGUUCAGAUCGUGUCCACGGAUGGUUCGCAUCUUCCAUCCCCCAGAACCUCGCGUUGCUGAACCUCCCUAGGGGCCCCGGAGCAGAAGGACACGCGGUCCGUCUGACUUCGACGUCCCCCCAGGUUCGACCAAAUACCGUUUAAGUUGCUUUGGUUGAUCAACCAAUACGCAGGCAUCCGGAAUUUUGUUCCAGCACCGAGACCUGCCAGGUCACCAAUUGAAACCGGUGCACGGGCCUUUCCAAGCCUCCAGCCAUCGGCGACCUGUAGAGUCGGGUGCUGGUGGUUUUUUGGAUGAGUGUGCUGGCUUCGCGCUACUUCCUUUUGCACCGUCCUUCAUUGGCUCUGGGUGGGGGGGAGAUGGACUGAUGUGGACUGGUGGGGGUCAACACUAAAGGAGCAACAAGAGAGGUGCUGCAUUGCUUGGAUGAACACAGGUGCUGGAAGCUUGGCACAGGUGCUGCUGCUAGAUGCUCCGUGGACGCCCAACUGGGUUCCGAACCAAACCAUGGCCCUAGAAGUCGAACCACCAUUGUUUUAAUAGCCUGAAUCCCGAACCACCAUGGUUUUAC